CGUCUUUCUUGCAUUAUUUUUAGUGUAUGGCAAAAGCGAAUAUAUAUCCAAUAAUUUGUAUGAUAAUUGUUGAUUUCUAAGUUUACUUCAGUUCUUGAAAGUAAUGUGGACAUUGAUUUUUGGCAACUUGCUCUAUGUUUGGUUACUUUUCAUAUGGCUGUAAUGAGAUUCAAAGGAAAAGAGGUGCACACGGACGAUGAAAGCGAAAUUGAAUACACGGUAGUAAAGCGCGUUGCAUCCGUUACGAUUGAAUCCGAUAGUCAAGUGGAGGCAGAAGCGGAACAACGUUUCGGACGCAUAAGACGGAAGAAAAGGGUUGUGAAGAGAAAAAAUGUCAAUGAAAAGAUGGAUGUCGAUAUUGUUUCUCAGCAUAGCACUAUAAACAAAGGGAUGGACUGGGAUGGUUUGUGUUCAACAAGUGAAUUGUCAUCUUCUGAGACCUGCUCCUCCGACGGUCGCGAAGCUGACGAUGAGCAGUCAGAUUGGGUUGGUCCUGUAAAUGAAGACCAAAACUUUCCUCUUCCGCAAACAUCGACGAGGCAGCAGCGCUUUAUUAAGACGCGUAAUGCAUCAGCAACUUUGCAGCGAAAGCUAGAACGGUUUAUUCGAGACGAUAGCCAACGUGAACUUGUUGUGAAAAACUGGACUAGUUAUCGGCAGGUCAGUCGGAUUUUGCAAUUCUUUGGUCUGGAAGUCUCGAAAAGAGGUCGUGGAAUGGUGGUUUUAAAGAAAACACGAUAAAAUAUGGAAGCAUGCACUCAUUCCAACCAAAUGCUAUUCUUUGUUGUGUUGCAAUGUGUUCCUUGUGACAUAUAUUCUCUAAUUAUAUAUAUUAGAAUGAUAUGCAUCAUCUUAUCAGUUUAUUUUUUGUAUGAUUCUCUUUGGUACAUCAGUUAAAACCGGUAUGCUUUUAACUGAGCAAUUAAUUGAUUGCGAUGCGAACGUAAUGGUUUACUCGUUGCUUCC